AUGAAGCCUGUUACCAUUCUUCUCGCGCUUACCAGUACAGCCUGCACAGUGUCGGCUGGUUUGCCCCGGUUUGCGAAAUGUACCGCUGCUUCGCAGUGCAAUUCCGAUUAUUGCUCUCCUGUACAAAAUGCGGACUGCGACGAAUUCGUCAAUUGCCGUGACAGCGUAUGCUACGGUGCUUCACGCCGUGCUCGAAUGAUUGGGAAUGCAACUCCAACCAUUGCAAGGGAGGAAGAUGCUAUGACUGCCGUGAUCCUCGCAACCAUGCCAAGGCCAGGCCACCUUACCUCUCUGUGGGCUCUUCCUGUACUGGAUUCGGAGAUCAAUGCUGCGAGUCGCAAUGUAGAGAGGAACAUGCAAUGCAUUGAUAAUACGGUCAUCAUGCAAAUGGGCGGGCAUGGGCCGUUCCCAGUGCAGAAUGGACCAUCCAGGCGUUGA